AUUCCUUUUAUUGGGGAUCAACUCCCAGCCAAAACAAAGAUGUCAGACUUGUUUGAGAGCGCAGAGAGGGGGAAAUCAGGACAUGUUAUCAUUUGGAAUUUUUCCCACAUUUUAUAGAUCUUAUAUGCUUUGACUAAGUCUUAUUGUAAGCGAUAUUUGGAGGAGAUCUGGUUGUGUAGUCCUUGAGAAAUUUGGACGCAGCCGUCAGGUUUUUGAGGGAGAAGACCUUUAUUUUAGGGUGUUAGCUCACGGUACGGAGCAGGGACGGGUUUUAAGGUCGGAUGAAACUCUAAAAACGGGGUUGAGGAAGCAGAUCUGGGCUUCCCUGAGUCAUCUUAUUGCUGAUAUAAAAGGAGAGACUCACCGGCGGGAACAGCAGCGGUUCUGCCCGGACAUCAUCGGUGUAACACUCGAUCUCCUUCCCCAGCCCCAGUAAACUCCACCUUCUCUCCGAUUGACCUCCUCCGUUCUUUGUUUUGGGGUUUUUUUGGGGGGGAAAUGGCAGCUAAUAAACCUAAGACGUCAAACUCCCUUGCCCUCCACAAAGUGAUAAUGGUGGGCAGCGGCGGAGUGGGCAAAUCCGCGCUGACGCUCCAGUUCAUGUACGACGAGUUUGUGGAAGACUAUGAGCCCACUAAAGCCGACAGCUACAGGAAGAAAGUGGUACUGGAUGGAGAGGAGGUGCAGAUCGAUAUUCUGGACACAGCAGGGCAAGAAGACUACGCUGCUAUUCGGGAUAACUACUUCCGUAGCGGAGAGGGCUUCCUCUGCGUGUUCUCAAUCACCGAAUCCGAGUCUUUCGCUGCCACCGCAGACUUCAGAGAGCAAAUCCUUCGAGUGAAGGAAGACGAAAACGUGCCCUUCCUGCUGGUCGGAAAUAAGUCCGACCUGGAGGACCGGAGGCAGGUGGGAGCGGAGGAAGCCAAAAACCGAGCCGAUCAGUGGGGCGUCAGCUACGUGGAGACCUCCGCCAAAACCCGGGCCAACGUCGACAAGGUGUUUUUCGACCUCAUGCGAGGAAUCAGAGCCAGGAAAAUGGAGGAAGGCAAGGAGAACGGGAAAAAUAAAAGGAAGAGCUUAAUGAAGAGGAUUCGGGAGAGAUGUUGUAUUUUAUAAUGAUUGACUUUUUUUUUUUUUCGCACCGUGAUGUCACGUCCUCCUAUUUUCAAUAUCUGUCUGAUUACAGCUCGUUUUGUUUGACCUUCCCUCAAGGGACAGAGAAUCAGGUAUGUACGUGUGUACUCGAGACUGAUACGAAGCGAUUUCCUUAUUUAAAUAUACAUAGUCACUACUAGAGUUAUAGCAUUAAAAAAAACUUUCAGGCUGGUUUUCCUAACAGUUAGUGCACAUUUUUGGUUUAAUCCUACAGGAAGUGGAUGCAAAGUAGGAAGAAUGUGAACGGUUUUAAACAUGACCGAUUUUAACCAGGUCACAGGUUAGGGGGCAAACAAAAGGGAAAAGAAACACAGGAGGAAAUAACAACGUUAAACAGAAUAGGAAAUAUUUCCUUUGUAAGAUUCCGGCACGUCUAUUUUAUUCUUGUGUGCAGUCAGUAACGUCACACACAGUCCCACCCCUACCCCGGCCCCUGAGAUCUGCGUAGCUGAUGCUAACUAGGGCCUGGUGCUAUUUUUAUGGUUACAAUGCGGAUUUUUAUUUUCAAUAAAUAGCGCAAAAUAUAUCGAUCAAAAAAAGAUUGAGAUUAAAGUUGUAGCAAUACGAGAAUAAAGUCAGGUGCCGAGCGUGCGGUGUUCGACUCCUUCGAUGUGGAUUUCUUCAUCAUCGUCCUCACAAUCGUUUGAGAAACAACAAACUCAUCGUAUAGCACGCAGCUGUAACCAACAACAUCCUUGGAGUCAGACUGCACAAAAGAGGCAAUUUCCUCAACGUCUGUCUGGUUUUCUUCUGAAUAAAUUAAGCUUCCUACAGAACCA